GCCGGGGGCGCGCCGGGAAGUUGCGCUUGGAGAAGUUGCGGGCGGCUGAGUGUCUGGGCGGCGGCGUUGCCGGCCUUCCCGAAAGGGCUCGGAAGAAGGGGAGACGCGGCCGCCACCGUGCAGGGCGCAACACCCGGGAAAGCCGCCUUGGAGAGCGCCACCCGCUGCUCGAGACCGCCCGCCGCUGAGACCCGGGCCAGGCCGCGAGCACGGUCUCUUUGCUGAGUGCGGUGCCUCGGGGCUUCCAGUGGCUGUCCAACCAUAACGCCUAGUGGCUCGGCGGUGACGCCCUCCCAGCUGGACCAUGUCAAAAGGCCCUGGUUCUGCCCCGCUGCCCUCCACCCCGGGGUCCGGGAAACUAGUGCCCCGGAGCCUCAGCUGCCUCUCGGACAUGGAUAUGGAUCGGCGACCCUGCAGACCCCCGGGCUGCGACCCUCGGCUGCGGCCCAUCAUCCAACGACGCUCGCGCUCGCUGCCCACCUCCCCGGAGCGCCGUGCCAAGGCUGCGGGAGCCCCGGGCGCUGCGUGCGGAGCUGGCUGCAACCGGCAGGUCCGGGUGCGCUUCGCUGACGCGCUGGGCCUGGAGCUGGCUCAGGUCAAGGUGUUUAACGCAGGCGACGACCCCUCCGUGCCGCUGCACGUGCUGUCGCGCCUAGCCAUCAACUCAGACCUGUGCUGCAGCAGCCAGGAUCUGGAGUUCACGCUGCAGUGCCUGGUUCCCGACUUUCCGCCCCCCAUCGAAGCCUCGGACUUCGGAGAACGCCUGGCGCGGCAGCUCGUGUGCCUGGAACGUGUCACCUGCUCUGACCUGGGCAUCAGCGGCACAGUGCGCGUGCGCAACGUGGCCUUCGAGAAGCAGGUGACCGUGCGUUACACCUUCUCUGGCUGGCGCAGUGCACAUGAGGCAGUGGCGCGCUGGAGAGGGCCUGCGGGUGUCGAAGGUUCCGAGGAUAUCUUUGCCUUCGGCUUUCCAGUGCCUCCCUUCUUGUUGGAGCUCGGUUCCCAGGUACACUUUGCACUGCGCUAUGGCGUGGCAGGUGCUGAGUACUGGGACAACAAUGAUGGUCACGACUAUAGCCUUACUUGUCGCAGUCAUGCCUUGCACAUGCCACGCGGGGAGUGCGAGGAGAGCUGGAUCCACUUCAUCUGAGCUGCAGGCUGUGAACCCGGAGCUUCCAUCUCUGCAGACCUGCAGUCACUUUCCCACCAGUGCAGCUCUCUGAGCGGCCAUCUCCCAUCCCACCAUUCCUUCCCAGUGGUCUGGCUCAUUUCUCACUGUGAAGUCCUGCGGCGAUAGCCUGGUCUGUCUUGUAGUGAAUUCUCUGGAGAGCCUGGCGGUCAAAGGACCAGGAGGCUGUGUAAUGCAUUGUGGGGAGGGUGUGGGAGGGCAGAUGCACGGGAUUGUGGUCCUCAAUUUCAGUAGGACCCAGGUCAGUGUUUUGCAAGAAAGGCCUUUUGCAUGUCUCCUCAAUGUGUCUAAACACAGUAGCUGUUAUUUAUCGGUGUGACGUUAGCCUUCCACCCAUGGUGGAUGCUUUCUCAGGAAUACUCUAGAUUUAAUCAGCUUAAAGAAGGCCUGCUGUCUGUUUGCACCCACUGUAAUAAUUGUACAAAUACACAGCAUGGCCUGCAUUGUGGUCCCUCGAGGCAUUUCUGCCCUGGGACGGUGAAAACCUGAGGCCAUGUUUGCUUGCCAAUGUCCGUAGCCUUCCAACAGUAGAAACUAUUAAUAGCGAAGGAACUUACAGCUCAUCUGUCAUCACACAACCAUUUCUGGGCUUCGAGGCUGGCCUGGUUAGGCGAUGCCUCCCACGUAAACAGCUGGGAAGCAGUGGACAGAAAAGCUUCCAACCGUGCAACUGCCCAGAAAGUCCUUUCUCUUUGGGGACUACCUGUUCACACGUCUGUCUUCUUAUGGUCUGGUUCUGGGUCUCCUUGUUAGCAGGCCAUAUUCUGUUUAAGUUUGAAACUACCUGAGCCUUUAAAAAGAUCUCGCCUUAAGUAAGUUAUGUUUUCAAGUGGCCAAGGGAUUCAGGCAGGCGUGCCCUUCCCUUUUCCACGAAAGACAUGACUUUUUUUUAUUUCUAAGUAUGGAAAAAUUCCAGCAUUCAUAUUUUAGAAGUCAGCUUCCAGAUGAACCUGGGCAGUUCUCAGAAUUAGCCAGGGUACUGGAGGAAAAACAACUCGCAGAUUUUUAUUUAGCUAAUGGGUUUUAAAUUGAACUGUUAUGUCAGGUUUCACAGAGACCCACCACUUUAUUCUUUGUGCCUUCGGUUAGAAAAGUUCUGACAUUUUUUUUACAGGGUUAAUUCCCAGUUUUAAAGUGUUACAUACUUUUAAAAACAAAACAACAACCAAAAUCUCCAACGUAGCCUAGACCUCUCACUAGUCUCUGAAGGGUGUGCCUGCUGCUAACAGCCCCCACGGAGAGGCUGGCAAAUAUUUUUGGUGCUGAGCUUUGGUCUCUCUGACAGCGGGUGUUAGAACUGAGGUGGACAAGACCUCCAAUAUGUGACUUUUGCUUUGGAAACAGUGGAUGAUGUCCUGUGACAGAUAAGACCUCCAAGAUGUGACUUUUGCUUUUGAGACAGUGGAUGUCCUGUGACAGACAUGGUGACACUCGCGGCAAGUGUCGACGUUGGUUAAAUCAGCAUGGAGGAGAUGCAUUUUACCCUUGAACCUGUUAGGUUUCCAAUACUUGAAACUUCUGCCUUUUAAAAUUCCAAGAACAGUGUUGGGUUCCUCUGGAACCUUUCUGGACUGGGACUAGUUUUAAUUUAAAAUGCUACAAUAAAACCGCCCAGCCUUUGGCUGUUAGGACUCUGCACUGCUUUGGCAUUCAGGAGUGAGAGGCGCCCAGUGGCAUUUCCCACUGCUUAAUGAACUGAGCUGUUCAAUUAGGUCAGCGAACCCCAGGGUGGGGGUGUCAUGGCAGCUCUGUCCUUGGCCCCUGUCCGGAGUGCGAGAGAACGGUCCAGACUCUUCGAGUAAAGCCAGAACGCCUGGGAGCACAGAUGCUCAGGAGUGCGUAGAGAACUUUACAAUGCGUGGGGAAGCCACUCACUCGUCCACAGGUUCUGGUUACGGAAAAGUAAAUGAUUGCAUCACCAAAAUUAAAAGAACCUGAAGGUGCCUUUUGAGACAUACCAUUUGAAAUCUAAAUCUUAAGAGAUAGUUCUGCUUGAUAAAAUAAAUAAACAAAUAAAUGCUGUAAGGAUAAUUAAUUCAGGGUGAACUUUCUGACCCUGAGACACACUUAGGCCUGUUGAGAUGUUAAAAAGUGGGUUUGUCGAUUUUGCACUACUUGCUGAGUUGUGUUUUUACUGCCUGUCACUUAAAUUUGUUUUACUUAAGCCUGAAUAUUAAAAAACA